AUGGCACUCGUUUUCUUCACCAUUGCUGCACUCGUAAGCUUGAAUUUCUGCAGUGGAAGUCAGUCCUGGCCUGAGCUCAAUCCGGAACUUCAACAGUAUCAGGACUUGUCAAAGUGCUACCCACUUCCGGUGACUUGGUACGUGAUCUUCAGAAACUUUGAGUCAGACCCAGUCUUCGGCGGCACAGCGAAAUGCGUCAGGUUCACCGAAACGGGGCCACCAGAGGAUGGCGCCUACCCAGUUCUCAUAGAAUACGGGAACCAAUCUACCCAUACAAAAUCGACCCUUGAGUCGUCCCCUGGGUAUACCGUCAAAAACGUCCUAAGUUUCACUCCUCCUACACAAGCAAUUACCGACUAUAAAGAGUACAUAUCAUAUGUGGAGUGCGACAAGUGCGCCGUUCUUAGAAACGUCUACAUCAGUGAUUCUUCGUGCUCUCUCCUGGUGCCUCAGUCUCAGCUGAACAAGGAUGUCACCUGUUGUGAAUUUAUAUUCGACCUUCUUUGCGGCACGACGCCUAAGUACAACAUCUAUGAUGAGAGCUGUUAG